GAGUGCGGGGGCCGUGGGCGGGGCGGGGGCUGUUUUUUUAUGAAUGGGCCGCUAUUACUAUGCGGCGCGCGCGCUCCCGCGCUGGCCGCGCGGGCGCUGAUUGGCUGCGGCGCGCCAUUGACGUCACGGCGGGGCCGGGGGCCGGGGGGGCCGUGAGUCACCCCGAGCCCCCCGAGCCCCCGGCCCCGCUCGGGCGCUAUAACCGGCCGGGCCCAUGGCAGCGCGGCCCCGCCGGGCAGCCCAGCGCAGCCCGGGCCCCGCGUCCCGCCAGAAAAACCCCCUCGGAGCACACAGCGAGCCCACCCUCAAGCCCCGCUGCUCUGCCCACCCUCCUGAAGACAGCUCUUGGGGGCAGGCAGCCCUGUCCCGCCGGGUGGCACAGGGCAGCCCGCGGGCAGCAGGUGCUGAGGGGCUGCUCUCGGAGGUCCCUCUGCCACCAUGAUGGAGAAGGGGCCCCCCAACUCCAGCGAGGGCCAGCAGGGCUGGUUCUCAGCCAGGAACGGCAGCGGCAGCUCCUUGGGUCUGCAGUCCGUGGCGCAGCCCCUCGCCCUGAACCCCUGGGACGUCGUGCUCUGCGUCUCGGGGACCGUCAUCUGCUGCGAGAACGCCGUGGUGCUGCUGGCCAUCCUCCACACGCCGGCCCUCCGCGCCCCGGCCUUCCUCCUCCUCGGCAGCCUGGCCACCGCCGACCUGCUGGCGGGCCUGGGGCUGCUCCUGCACGUCGCCCUCGUGUACCUCGUGCCCUGGGAGGCGGCCAGCCUGCUGACCGUGGGGCUGCUGGUCGCCUCCUUCACGGCCAGCGUCAGCAGCCUGCUGAGCAUCACCAUCGACCGCUACCUGUCCCUGUGCGACGCCCUGACCUACCACUCGGAGAGCACGGUCACCAGGACGCACGUCAUGCUGCUGCUCACCUGGGGAGCCUCGGUGUGCUGGGGGCUGCUGCCCGCGGCGGGCUGGAACUGCCUGGGGCAGCCCUCGGCCUGCAGCGCGGUGCGGCCGCUGACCCGGGGCCAGCUGGCCGCGCUGGCCGCCUGCCUGCUGGCCGCGCUGGCCGCCGUGCUGCAGCUCUACGUGCGGAUCUGCCGCGUGCUGCGCCGGCACGCGCGGCACAUCGCCGUGCAGAGGCACCUCCCGGCCGGCUGCCACGAGGCCAGCGCCCGCCGCGGCGCCGCCACGCUGGCCGUCACCCUGGGCACGCCGGCGGCCUGCUGGCUGCCCUUCGCCCUGCACGGGCUGCUGGGGGGCCGCAGCUCGCCCGCCCUCCACACCUACGCCACGCUGCUGCCCGCCGCCUACAACUCCCUGCUGAACCCCGUCAUCUACGCCUUCCGCAACCGGGAGAUCCGGAAGGUUCUGUGGGCCGCGUGCUGCGGCUGCUCCGCGGGGCCCUCCCGCGCCCGCCCGCCCAGCGACGUCUGAGCCCCCGUGCCUUGCUGCCGGGCGUCCUUGGAUCCCCCUCUUCCUCCCGCAGGAGCUCCUGGAGCCAAGCAGCUCUUCCCAGCCUCGUCCUUUUUGGGCACAGCCCCUUCUUUUCCUCUAUUUUUCCACUUUUUGAAUGGAGAGAAAGACAUAUUUUUUAUCCGUGAUAUAAUCUAUAUUUAUGCCUGAGAGGGGGCUGAUCCUCAUAUUUUCUUUAAAACUAUUUAUGAUGCUUUAUUUUUUUAAGGGUGGGGAAACAGCAGGAAUGCUCACCCCCCUCUUGUUUUUGGUUUUUUUUACAACCUUGUUGUUUACCUCAGGUAGUCAAAAUAUAUUUUAUACAUUUGGGGAAGGGGAGGAGAGACUCGUUACCGGAGGAGGAGGGACUCAGCCCCCUCCCCCCCUUCUCCCCGCCGUCCAUUUAUUUAUUUAUUGGUAUUUGAAUUAUUAUUUAAUUCGAUUUCCGUGCCUCCCUCCCGCAUCCAGCGCUGGGCCCUGCUGCCCUCUAGUGCUCGCUGCCUUCAGGAGGGGGGGCUGCCGGAGGCGCUGCACCCCCAAACCCACGAGUUCUGGGGUCCCCUGUGUGCUGCCCCCCCCCCCCCCGGCACCCAGGGCUCCCCCUGCCAAAGCCUUUCUUUGCACUGGGAUUGGAUUUGCACACUUUGGGCUGGGGAUUUGGGUGUGAAGGGGACCCCCGGGAUGGGGACCCCUGGGUGGGUCAGGGUGGGGGGGCUGCUUCUUGUUUACAACUCUGGGAGGGGAAUAAAUGGAUUUGUGGUAUGAGGUGCGGCUGUUUGGUGCUGGCGCGGUGCUUCCCGGGGGGCGCAGAGGCGGGGGCUCCGGGUCCCACCAGGGCCGUGCCCCUGCUCGUGUCCCCGCUCCCGGCUGGGAGAUGCCGAGUGACAGCGCUGCCCGCGCCCUUCACAUCGCGUUAGCCGGAGCUGGCCCGGGGGAGCAGCGCUCCGGCCCCCGCCCCUCCUCAUCCUCACGGCGCAGGGGCUGCAUCCAGCCCGGCUGGUGACAUCUGACACCGGGGAUGGCGAGGACUCAUCGCCACCAGGGGCUGCAGCAGCUCUGCCUCCCCCUGCCCCUCUCCCGAGGGGGGCACAGGGGGCCGUGCCCAGCGCCCCCACACCCAAACCUGCCCGCGCAGGGUCCCAGCGCCCACCCUGCAGCCUGUGGGGGCAGGGGAGGCUGCAUUAAUGAAGGCAGAGCUAAUUAGGGCAGCGCAGCCCCGCCGGGGCGGGCUCUGUGCCCGCUCGGGGGGCAGCAGGUUGCCCAGGGGCGUUUGAGCCGGGAUGUGGCAGCGCCCCGGGCCGGGGGCAGCCCGGGCUCGGUGCCCAGGGACCCGUGUGGCUCUGUGCCACCUCGGGCUCGGACCUGUUUAUGGCAGAGGAAAUGCAGAUUUCCCCGGGCUGAGCGAUGAGGGGAGGUGGGGCUGGGAGGGCUGAAGGACCCCCAGAUUGUCCCUGCUCUCCCAGGCUGGGCUCAGCACCGGGGAUGGGGAAUUUUGGGCUCCCCCUGUCCCCAGUGAGGCUGAGCCAGAGGCUGGAGCUGUUCACUCUACCCCAGGGCUCAGCCGAGAUCCCUCAGGAGAUAAUUCCC